GAGCUCAACAAAUAUUACAUCUCCAGCGGCUUUGAAGCGAUAUGUUCAGAAUCCCUCGAUCCCUUCUGGCAUUCAAAUACCCCCUUACUCGCCGAAACUCUCUUCAAAACCCCGUCGUUUGGCCUCUACCGGCCGGGAUUGCUCGCCUUUUACUUCCAUUCCUCUCCGCCUCCGCGCUCUCUCCGGCAACCGUCCAGCUUAGGUGAGGGCGUCUGAUCGGCGACGAUGGAGGAAAAAGCUGCAUCUCCCAUAUCUCAUCAGUCCCUUCCAUUGUACAGUGGCUGCAGCAAAACUUCCUGGCUCCUUUCCACUCUUGCCGAUCUGGAAGAGAAGAUGAAGGAAGUGGCGUUUACAAACUCGGAAGAAGAUGAAAAUGGCGACACCUUCGCCCAACGCGCCGAAUCCUACUACCACAAACGUCCUCAGCUUCUCGCGCUUCUCCACCAUCUCUACAACGCCCACCUCAACCUCGCCCACCGCUACUGCGCCACCCGCCACUGCCGCACCCUCUCCUUCCCUCACAUCUCCACCGUCACCACUUCGGACGGAUCAUCUUCUUCUGGGAACGAAGAAGAUUCCGACGCGGAGAGCUCCCUGUCGUACCAGCAGCCGCAGCCGACCGCCAACCAGGACUGUGACGCGGUAGUGGCGGAGCUAGUGAUAAAGUGGGUGGACUGCGAGAUACUAGAGCAGGAGCUGGGGGCAGCGGAGCGGCGGUGGGGGGAGUCGUGGCGGAAGACGGAAGUGCAGAGGAGCCUGGUGGAGGUGUUGGAGGCGGAGAGGGAGAUACUGGCGAAGGAGAACGGGAGGCUGGGGAGGAGGGUGAGGGCGCUGGAGGAGGAGAAUAGGAGGUUAGGGGCGGAGACGGGAUGGACGCGGCGGAAGGCGGCGGAGGUGUACGCAAAGUGUGUGGUGGGAAUGGGGGAGGAGCACAGGAUGUGGGUGUUGGGGCGGAAGAUAGAGGAUCUGCAGGGCCAGAUAGAUGGGUUGGAGCGGAGGAACCAGGAGUACUACGAGAUGCUGCAGAGCAGCCACUGGAAGAAGGAGAAAGGGAGUGGCGGCGGCGGCGGCGGGAAGAAGGGGCGGAGGUGGUGGGGGAGGUUGAAGAGCAUGGACUUGUUUCAGUGCAUGCCCCACACUUGAAUCAGGUUAAAAAGUGAUCAACCAUGGACUCGGUUAAUUAGACAGGGAUGGAAUGAUGUAUGGAAUUGGUAAAUUAAUUAUGCAUACUAGUUAACCCAUGGUAUUUCAUAUGUUAAUGGAUAAAAUAGUGGAAACAUUUAGGACCAUCAAUGUUACUAAUUAAUAUAUUGCUUUGAAUA